UCUUCUUCCUCACGCGCUCAUUUGCCUCCUCGUCUUCUCGCCUCCACCGCGCUCAAGCCCUCUGAGCUCUAGCCUCCUCAAUCCCGCGACCUCCAGCGAGCUUUCGGCAGCCAGCAGCGCGGCGGCUCUCGGUGACCCCUCCGGCAGUGCUCCCGCGAGUGGCUCCGACAUCCCCAGCAGCGCUUCAUCAGAUCCAUCUCCUUCGUCUUCGUCGGACCGCACCUAGCCCUUCCAAUGGCGACCACUGAUGCGUGCCCUGCGGCUUUGCGUGACCAGGUGUUGAUCCCAGCAGCAAACAGCGACAGAGUGUUUUUUCUUGGGCCAGCCGGCGACGAUGACCUCGUCGACUUGAUAAACGUCGAAACCAAUCAACUGGCGUACCUGCGAUCCAACCCCUCCCUCGAUGACUGGCAGCGUAGCUUCCGGUCUUGGCCAACGCCGAUUGCUGGCUGGAGGACUUGGUACCACCGAGUUGCCGCUCAGAAAUUCGGCACUUGGGACGAGCAAGGGAUUGCACACUGCAUCGGCCUGUCAGUGAUGGGGUCAGCCAAGCACGAAGCACCACUGGCCGCGUUGGUGUACUUUUGGAACAACGCUAUCAACUGCUUCCUCUUCGGGCACGGGCCAAUGGCACCGAGUCUACUGGGCGUGCACAUGCUGACUGCUCUGAAUGUUCAUAAAGAAUCGAACCCGUUCCUGGAGAAGGUGACCACUCAUCAUCGGCUCGAGGUCGGGACGCAGUCGAGUGGAUGGAAGUCAUACAUCCUCAAGUACUGCAAAUCUGAAGGGCCUGUCGACCAUCAGGAGCACACGGCAUUCUUGAACAUUUGGCUCGACAUGUCUUUUUUCAGCGGGAGUUCCCUGGAGCCAUCCUCCAAUUAUCAGUACUUGGCGGAGAGGCUGGCAGACGGAGUCAAACUGCCGAUGGGUCGAUAUCUGCUCGGCACCACUUUCAACAUGCUGCAUCUGGCAUCGAGUAGACUGCGCGACGGGCAGCCAGUCGGCCGUCUGGGAGGCCCCUGGUGGUUUCUGCAGUUAUGGAUUCAUACUUUCACCGCGCUGGCGUCAGAUGUCAAUCCUUUGACGAUCAGCUGCCCCGACCUCGACACUCCUGAAGCACUACAAGAAAUCUGGCCUUCCGUGACGUUUUCAGACCUUCCGUGAUGUUUUAUCUGUGACAUUUUUACACAUCGUCACAGAUACGGGGUUGGCCCGUUUGGACUCCGAUCGGGCCCGGAAUCUAUGACGAAACUGCUAAGUUCGUCACAAAUGAGUGUGAUGGCCCAUUUGGGCUCAAUCCGGGGAAUACGUUCUAUGACGAAUCUGUGGUUUCGUCAUAGAUUUCGUCACAAAUGUGUGUUAGGACUAUUUGUGCUCAAUCCGGGGCUAGUUCCAUGACGAAUCUGUGGUUUGGUCAUAGAUGGGUUUGUUGGCCCAUUUCGUUUCGUGUGCAGAUAUUUCUAAGUCAGCCUCUCCUGUGCACGGGUUUACUCGCCCUUUCUAGAUCUGUCGUCUCCCUCCCUCAGGCUCUGUCGUGUCUCGCCCGGUGGCGGAUGCGGCAGCGGAGUGCGGCGUCGGCAGCCGGCGGAUCACCGGGUAGGUGCGCUCCGUGUUGCACUAGGUACGCGGAUCACCGGCGGUAGCGGCGCGCGGCGUCGGCGACCGGCGGCAAAAGCUGCAGAGCCAGGAGGAGAAGCAGAGGGUUCGGCGGGCGGGCAGCGCGGGCGGCGGCGAACGUUGCCGGAAGUGGUCACGGCGCACAGCGUCGACGGCAAACUGUCCACCUGCUACGAGCGCUUCCUCCUCAACUCCAUCGGCCGGCGGGAGCAGUUGAGCUGCACAUAAUGCUGAUGGCAGAGAGUACUCCCCUCGACGCCCUUGCAUCGGCAGUGACGGAGAUGGAUAGAGUAGCAGACAAGUUGCGGAAGCAUGUUACCGAGGCCAGGGCCGCAGAUUGUACCAAGAACCAAGAGCUUGAGAAAGCACUUACUCAGGUAGAGGUUUUAGCUGAGUCGCUCGAGCAAUUUGCAUUCCUCUGCCAGGAGGUGGUUGUGAAGAACUCCCCGCCAGAUCAUGAGGAGAUAACCUCUACGGAUGAGAGGGAGGCUGCUGAAAGGCAAUGGGAGUUCGAACAUCCUAUACCACCUCAAACUCUUGCGGAGCACUGCGAGCAGCACGGCUUGAACUAUGACAGUGAUCAGUCUAGGGGAAUCAACUAGGUGAAUUUUGCCUACGUGCCUAGUGUGACUGUUUUCAGUAGUGUUUUAGGUGUAUGUACUGUACUGUGAAUGUUGCCUAAGUGCCUAAGUGUGUCAUGUGAAUGUUGCCUAAGUGCCUAAGUGGCUGCUGUGAAUAUUGUUGUACUGUCAUGACAGGGAAUGCUUAAGCUAUGUUCGGACUAAAACUUCUUAUGCUGGGGGUUAGUAAUGUUUGCACUUAAUUCUUGAUGCUGCCGGUUGAUCAUGUGAUGAUAGGUAAGUAGUGUUGUGUAAAAGCGAUUGGUUCAAUUUGGAUGGCGUUGUACAGACUGCGAAGCAGCAGAAGCCAGAGAUGCGUGUGUUGGCCCAUUUCUCCCAAAUUCAGUCCAUUUAGUGCAGGGACUAAAACUCUAGAAAUGGCUGAAGCCCACUUCCCGUUCAGCCUGACGGCCCAUCGGCCCAUCUCCACAGUGGACGGAAAACUGGCAGAUAUUUCCGAGUCGGCCUCUCGCGUACAUUCGUUUUCUCGCCCUUCGUCUCUCGUCUCCAUCCCCGGCGAGCGCGUCGGCGGCCGCGGCGGAGGCCGGCUGGUUCAAUUUGGUGGCGGGGAGAGAGGAGCGGCAGCGGGAGGGAGGCCACGGCGAUCCGGAGGCGGGGCUCCGUGACGAGGACUGCGAGGACCCCGCGACCGACCACGGCCACGGCCAUGGCCACCGCCCGUCCCUCUCGGCCCCGGCCGCAGUCGUCCUCCUCAGCGUCGCCCCCCUGUCCUCCGUCGUCCGAAUCAUCUACGACGCGCACAGAUCCGCUGCUGCCGAGCUCUUCACCCCCUCCACCGACGGAUCCUUCGGGGAGUAAGUGCACUGACUCCUUGAGCGCGUCCGUCCUCACGAUCUCCGUGAUGUGGCUAUUACAGUGGCGCAAUUGUUGUCUCAGAUGUCACAUUUUAUGCAAUGCCAUAGUAAUUAGAUUUCGUAUAUGUUAGACAUAAUCAAUCCGUAUGAACUACGACGCCUCAAAAAUUGUAUGAGGAUCAAGGCGCGGCUCGAAGAACUUGGCUUACCAUGUAGUCAAAAAUUGUAUGAGGCUCUAGGAGAUCAAUCUGAUGAUAAGCAAACAGAGUCAUCUAACAAGACUGCUCGCAAGAAAACUGGAAGUAAAAGAUCUUCAGAUGACAUGUCUGCUGCUGGAAUAUCACCACCUGCUGCUAAGAGAUUUGCUCCUGCCUCUUCACAGCGAACCACGAGGGUCACAAGGUCACAAAAGUCUGCUCCUGGUCCUGCUGCUGCACAGCCAACUAAAAGGGGCACAAGAGCUGCUCCUCCUGCUCCUAUGGCUGCAACGUAUGGAACUCAAUGCAACAUUCUCUAAUGUGUGUAUGUUUGGACAUGUUUGGUUCAUAGACAUGUCAUUUAGGUUGGAUGGCUUUUGUUGGACAUGUCUGGUUCAUAGACAUGUCAUUUAGGUUGGACGGCUUUUGUUGGACAUGUUUGGUCCAUAGACAUUCUGUAAGGUUGGAUGGCGUUUGUAGGACAUGUUUGAACUGAAUGCAACAUUCCGUAAAGUUGGACAUGUUUGAACUGAAUUUGUACAAAGUUUCUGAGUUGUACAGAAUUUUGAGCA